ACAGCUGCACCAACAACAACUACAGCUGCUCCAACAACAACCACAGCUGCCCCAACAACAACCACAGCUGUCCCAACAACAACCACAGCUGUCCCAACAACAACCACAGCUGCUCCAAUCACAACCACAGCUGCUCCAACAACAACCACAGCUGCUCCAACAACAACCACAGCUGCUCCAAUCACAACCACAGCUGCUUCAACAACAACCACAGCUGCAGCAACAACAACCACAGCUUCCCCAACAACAACCACUGCUGCUCCAAAAACAACCACAGCUGCCCAAACAACAACCACAGCUGCUCCAAUCACAUCCACAGCUGCUCCAAUCACAACCACAGCUGCUUCAACAACACCCACAGCUGCACCAACAACAACCACAGCUGCCCCAACAACAACCACUGCUGCUCCAAAAACAGCCACAGCUGCCCCAACAACAACCACAGCUGCACCAACAACAACCACAGCUGCACCAACAACAACAACAGCUGCCCCAACAACAGCCACAGCUGCACCGACAACAACCUCAGCUGCUCCAACAACAACCACAGCUGCCCCAACAACAACCACAGCUUCCCCAACAACAACCACAGCUUCCCCAAAAACAACCACAGCUGCUCCAACAACAACCACAGCUGCCCCAACAACAACAACCACAGCUGCUUCAACAACAACCACAACUGCACCAACAACAACCACAGCUGCACCAAAAACAACAACAGCUGCCCCAGCUACAACCACAGCUGCACCAACAACAACCACAGCUGCACCAACAACAACCACAGCUGCUCCAACAACAACCACAGCUGCACCAACAACAACCACAGCUGCCCCAGCUACAACCACAGCUGCUCCAACAUCAACCACAACUGCACCAACAACCACAGCUGCUUCAACUACAACCACAGCUGCCCCAGCUACAACCACAGCUGCCCCAACAACAUCCACAGCUGCACCAACAACAACCACAGCUGCUCCAACAACAACCACAGCUGCACCAACAACAACCACAGCUGCUUCAACAACAACCACAGCUGCACCAACAACAACCCCAGCUACAACCACAGCUGCUCCAACAUCAACCACAGCUGCACCAACAACAACCACAGCUGCACCAACAACAACCACAGCUGCUCCAACAACAACCACAGCUGCACCAACAACAACCACAGCUGCACCAACAACAACCACAGUUGCUUCAACAACAACCACAGCUGCCCCAACAACAACCACAGCUGCACCAACAACCACAGCCGCUCCAACAUCAACCACUGCUGCACCAACAACAACCACAGCUGCUCCAACAACAACCACAGCUGCACCAACAACAACCACAGCUGCACCAACAACAACCACAGUUGCUUCAACAACAACCACAGCUGCCCCAACAACAACCACAGCUGCACCAACAACCACAGCCGCUCCAACAUCAACCACAGCUGCACCAACAACAACCACAGCUGCACCAACAACAACCACAGCUGCACCAACAACAACAAACAUAGCUGCACCAACAACAACCACAGCUGCCCCAACAACAACAACAGCUGCCCCAACAACAGCCACAGCUGCCCCAACAACAGCCACAGCUGCACCAACAACAACCACAGUUGCUUCAACAACAACCACAGCUGCCCCAACAAGAACCACAGCUGCACCAACAACCACAGCCGCUCCAACAUCAACCACAGCUGCUUCAACAACAACCACAGCUGCACCAACAACAACCACAGCUGCACCAACAACAACAAACAUAGCUGCACCAACAACAACCACAGCUGCCCCAACAACAACAACAGCUGCCCCAACAACAGCCACAGCUGCCCCAACAACAGCCACAGCUGCACCGACAACAACCUCAGCUGCUCCAACAACAACCACAGCUGCCCCAACAACAAACACAGCUUCCCCAACAACAACCACAGCUUCCCCAAAAACAACCACAGCUGCUCCAACAACAACCACAGCUGCCCCAACAACAACAACCACAGCUGCUUCAACAACAACCACAACUGCACCAACAACAACCACAGCUGCACCAAAAACAACAACAGCUGCCCCAACAACAACCACAGCUGCCCCAACAACAACAACCACAGCUGCUUCAACAACAACCACAACUGCACCAACAACAACCACAGCUGCACCAAAAACAACAACAGCUGCCCCAACAACAGCCACACCUGCACCGACAACAACCACAGCUGCUCCAACAACAACAACAACCACAGCUGCCCCAACAACAACCACAACUGCUCGAACAACAACAACAGCUGCUCCAACAACAACCACAGCCACCCCAACAACAACCACAGCCGCCCCAACAACAACCACAGCUGCCCCAACAACAACUACCGCUGCUCCAACAACAACCACAGCUGCCCAAACAACAACCACAGCUGCCCCAACAACAACCACAGCUGCCCCAACAUCAACCACAGCCUCCCCAACAACAACUACAAGUGCUCCAACAACAACCACCGCUGCUCCAACUACAACAAAAGUUGCUCCAACAACAACCACGGCAGCUCCAUCUACAACCACAGCCGCCCCAACAACAACCACAGCCGCCCCAGCAACAACUACAAGUGCUCCAACAACAACCACAGCUACUCCAACUACAACCUCCACUGCUCCAAGAACAACCACAGCUACCCCAACAACAACCACAGCUGAACCAACAACAACCACAGCUGCCCCAACAACAACCACAACUGCUCAAACAACAACAGCAGCUGCUGCAACCACAACCACAGAAGCUCCAUCCACAACAACAGCUGCUCCAACAGCAACCACAGCCGCCCCAACAACAACCACAGCAGCCCCAACAACAACCACAGCUGCCCCAACAACAACUACAAGUGCUCCAACAACAACCACAGCCGCCCCAACAACAACCACAGCUGCCCCAACAACAACUACCGCUGCUCCAACAACAACCACAGCCGCCCCAACAACAGCCACAGCCGCCCCAACAACAACCACAGCCGCCCCAACAACAACUACAAGUGCUCCAACAACAACCACAGCUGCCCCAACAACAACCACAGCCACCCCAACAACAACCACAGCUGCCCCAUCAACAACUACCGCUGCUCCAACAACAACCUCAGCCGCACCAACAACAACCACAGCCGCUCCAACAACAACCACAGCCGCCCCAACAACAACCACAGCUGCCCCAACAACAACUACCGCUGCUCCAACAACAACCACAGCCGCCCCAACAACAACCACAGCUGCCCCAACAACAACUACCGCUGCUCCAACAACAACCACAGCUGCCCCAACAACAACUACAAGUGCUCCAACAACAACCACAGCCGCCCCAACAACUACAAGUGCUCCAACAACAACCACAGCCGCACCAACAACAACUACCACGGCUCCAACAACAACCACAGCUUCUCCAGCUACAACAACAGCUGCGCCAACAACAACCACAGCCGCCCCAACAUACACCACAGCCGCCUCAACAACCACAGCUGCCCCAACAACAACUACAAGUGCUCCAACAACAACCACACCCGCCCCAACAACAACCACAGCUGCCCCAACAACAACUACCGCUGCUCCAACAAAAACCACAGCUGCCCCAACAACAACUACCGCUGCUCCAACAACAACCACAGCUGCCCAAACAACAACCACACCUGCCCCAACAACAACCACAGCUGCCCCAACAACAACUACCGCUGCUCCAACAACAACCACAGCUGCCCAAACUACAACCACAGCUGCCCAAACAACAACCACACCUGCCCCAACAACAACCACAGCCGCCCCAAAAACAACUACAGGUGCUCCAACAACAACCACCGCUGCUCCAACUACAACAACAGCUGCUCCAACAACAACCACGGCAGCUCCAUCUACAACCACAGCUGCCCCAACAAGAACUACCGCUGCUCCAACAACAACCAGAGCUGCUCCAGCUACAACAACAGCUGCUCAAACAACAACCACAGCCGCCCCAACAACCACAGCUGCCCCAACAACAACCACAGCCACCUCAACAACAACUAAAAGUGUUCCAACAACAACCACAGCCGCCCCGACAACAACCACAGCUGCCCCAACAACCACCACUGCCGCCCCACCAACAACCACAGCUGCCCCAACAACAACCACAGCUGCCCCAACAACAACCACAGCUGCCUCAACAACAACCACAGCUGCCCCAACAGCAAAUACAAGUGCUCCAACAACAACCACAGCUGCCCCAACAAUUACCACAGCUGCCCCAACAACAACUACAAGUGCUCCAACAACAACAACCACAGCAACUCCAACAACCACGGCAGCUCCAUCUACAACCCCAGCUAUCCAAACAACAAUAACCACAGCAACUCCAACAACAAACACAGCAGCUCCUACAACAACGACAGCUGCUCCAACAACAACCACAGCAGCUCCAGCUACAACCACAGCUGCCCCAACAACAACCACAGCUGCCCCAACAACAACCACAACUGCUCAAACAACAACAACAGCUGCUGCAACCACAACCACAGAAGCUCCAUCUACAACCACCACGGCUCCAACAACAACCACAGCUGCUCCAGCUAUAACAACAGCUGCCCCAACAACAACUACAUCGUUUCCAACAACAACCGCAGCUGCUCCAACAACAACCACAGCUGCCCCAACAACAACUACAGCUGCCCCAACAACAACCACAGCUGCUCCAACAACAACCACAGCAGCUACAACAACAACCGCAGCUGCUCCAACAACAACCACAGCUGCUCCAAAAACAACCACAGAUUCUCAAACAACAACCACAGAAGCUCCAUCUACAACCACCUCUGCUCCAACAACCACAGCUGCCCCAACAACAGCCACACCUGCCCCAACAACAACUACAACUGCCCCAACAACAACCACAGCUGCUCCAACAGCCACCACAUCUCCCCCAACAACCACAGCAACUUCAACAAUAACCACAACUGCCCCAACAACCACACCUCCCCCAACAACAACUACAACUCCCGCAACAACAACCACAGCAACUCCAACAAUAACCCCAGUUGCCCCAACAACAACAACUACAGCUGCUUCAACUACAACCACAGCAGCACCAACAACUCCAUCUGCCACAACAACCACAGUUAUGACCACGAGAACUCAAAACAUUCAAGAUGUCAAAGUAACAAGGCGAAUUACUUUUAGAACUACAGACACAGCUUUUUCCAACAAUUUGCUUCUUUCAACCAGCGACAGCUUUAAAGCACGAGUUAACCUCAUAGAAAUAUUACUCACGCCAAUAUUCAACAGACAAUAUCCCUUUUUCUACAGUUUCGUAGUGAUUUAUUUCAGGCCUGGAUCAAUCAUGAACACAGGGGACAUAACUUUUAAUUCAACAGGGGUUCCAAGUGACACUGAGAUUAUGAAUCUGUUGGUCAUGGAAGCUCCAAGAAUCAACAACUUCACAAUUGAUACUUCCAAUAUCACUUUGGAAGACCCAACACCAAUAAUUACCACUACUGCUCCAACAACAACCACAGCUGCUCCAACAACAACCACACUAGCUCCAACAACAACCACAGCUGCUCCAACAAUGACCACAGCUGCAACAACAACAUCCACAGCUGCUCCAACAACAACCACAAAAGCCCCAACAACAACCACAGAAGCCCCAACGACAACCACAGCUGCUCCAACAACAUCCACAGCUGCUCCAACAACAACCACAGCUGCUCCAACAACAUCCACAGCUGCCCCAAAAACAUCUACAGCUGCUCCAACAAUAUCCACAGCUGCUCCAACAACAACCACAGCUGCUCCAACAACAUCCACAGCUGCUCCAACAACAACCACAGCCUCCCCAACAACAACCACAGCUGCCCCAACAACAACCACAGCUGCCCCAACAACAUCUACAGCUGCCCCAACAACAUCUACAGCUGCUCCAACAACAUCUACAGCUGCUCCAACAACAUCUACAGCUGCCUGCUGUAACAACAUCCACAGUAAUUCCAACAACAUCCACCACUGCUCCAACAACAACCACUGA